GGUACCAGCGGAUGCGCCCGUGGAUCCACAGCGCCUAACGUCAUCUUCAUGCGCCGAAGUUUUCAGAGACCCUGAAGCAAUCUGCAGCGGGCACGCGACCUCUUACCCGAAUGAGCGUCAUGAAAAUAAGAAAGAAGGUCCGAACCAUCACGUUUUCAGACAUACAGUUAUCCACUGGCUCAAAUGCCCUAUAUGAAAGCCAACUUUAAACAACUCUCUCCAACAUAGCUAAGCGCAUAUUGAGUCCUACUGCAAUUCACGGCUCGGCUAUCAUCAGGAAAAUGACCAUACUGUCGGACAUCGCCUCAACCGUCAAAAACACACAACUCGUUCCACCAACCGAAGAUGAAAUUGCAUCAGCAAAGAAGGCAAAUCAAAACUCGGAAACUUCUCAAAGUCGACCAAUCCUCGAAAUCACAUCCUACGACCGCUUCACACCACCAUCUCCUAAACCAGAUCUAGAAUAUGAUUGCCGUAUGACCCAGAACCCGUCCCCUCAAAUGCGGAAAACAUGCACCGGACUCGACUCCACGCUCCAAGACGAGCUCAUGAGCCGCGAAUCAUUCAGCGACAUUGUGACCCGCGCUGAGGACGAUAUUCGGCGGCUCAUGGAGAUUAAGGAUGUACGAGCUAGUAGGGAGGGUGAGAAAGCGGUAGUACGAGUAGGAUGUUUGUGUGGGAGUGGGCAUCACAGGAGUGUGGCAUUUGCAGAGCAGUUGGGUAAGAUACGGUGGAGUGAGGAUGACGGGUGGGAGGUUAGAGUUGUGCAUAGGGAUUUGACAGAAGGAGUGGAGGAGAUGAAGAAAGCCAGGAGUAAGGAGAUCGGAAAGAAAAAGAUGGAGAAGGAUGGAGAGGAAGAUGAAAAGUGAGAGCUGUAAGAACUUAAUGCUGGUUUGAGGAUGAAGAAAAUGGAAUGACACUCAACCUAAUAGCAACCACGGGUGUCUAGUCAAAGGCGCUACAUCAUAUACUGCAGUCUUCUCAGGCGAACUCUUCUUCGCAUCCAUACCACCGCCACCUCUCAGGUUGCCCGACUUGAAAUCUCCCUCCUCUUCUGUCCCACCCAUCUCUG